GGCCGCCGCUGCGGCCUGUACCCGCUGUUGCGGCCUGUACCGGCGGUUGGGCCGCAGCUCCCGCCGGUGCCCUGCGCUGCUGCGGUUUGAAGGGGGCUUUCCGUCCUAGAAGUGUAGGGUCCAGGGCGCUUGGAGCGGCCGGGACAGGACAGUCUGGCGCAUCCAAGACCCGGAGUUUCCCCUGCCUUGUCCUGCCACCUGCUUCUCCAUGUUAGAAAGCAGAUUCACCCAGGCCUGCACCCGCCUGUUUUGCUGCCAACAAGGGUAGUUUUAUUAUAAAGGUGUGCUUGCGACUUUUAAACAUUUUGUCAAAAACCUGAGGCUUCUGGCACGGUAGCAGUGAAGACACACUUAUUUACAAGGCCUCCAUCUCUAGGCUCACAUCAGUGUGGCUUUCCAAAACUCUAGCAGCAUCCCUGUUUCUUGGUGUGUGAAGAUAAUCCAAGGAAUUGAAAAAGCUACUGAGAAGAGUGUGCUGGAGAUGCUGUAGGGAAAGACUGGAUGCUGAGACAAGUUCCAGUCCAAGGGCUUUGGGUUUUCCAAGAAGAAACCUAACAUCAUGGAUCAGAACAACAGCCUGCCACCUUAUGCUCAGGGCUUGGCCUCCCCUCAGGGUGCCAUGACUCCUGGGAUCCCCAUCUUUAGUCCGAUGAUGCCUUAUGGCACAGGACUGACCCCACAGCCUAUUCAGAACACCAGUAGUCUGUCUAUUUUAGAAGAGCAGCAAAGGCAGCAGCAGCAGCAACAGCAACAGCAACAGCAGCAGCAGCAGCAGCAGCAACAGCAGCAGCAACAGCAGCAGCAGCAGGCUGCCCAGCAGUCCACGUCCCAACAGGCAGCGCAGGUGGCCUCGGGCCAGGCCCCCCAGAUCUUCCACUCUCAGACUCUCACCACAGCACCCCUGCCGGGCACCACACCCCUGUACCCUUCCCCGGUGACGCCCAUGACCCCCAUCACACCCGCCACACCAGCCUCUGAGAGCUCUGGGAUUGUGCCUCAGCUUCAAAAUAUUGUAUCUACAGUGAAUCUUGGUUGUAAACUUGACCUAAAGACCAUUGCACUUCGUGCCCGAAAUGCUGAAUAUAAUCCCAAGCGGUUUGCUGCUGUAAUCAUGAGAAUAAGAGAGCCACGAACCACGGCGCUGAUUUUCAGUUCUGGGAAAAUGGUGUGCACAGGAGCCAAAAGUGAAGAACAGUCCAGACUAGCAGCAAGAAAAUAUGCCAGAGUUGUACAGAAGUUGGGUUUCCCAGCUAAGUUCUUAGACUUCAAGAUUCAAAACAUGGUGGGGAGCUGUGAUGUGAAGUUCCCUAUAAGGUUAGAAGGCCUUGUGCUCACCCACCAGCAGUUUAGUAGUUAUGAGCCAGAGUUAUUUCCUGGUUUAAUCUACAGAAUGAUCAAACCCAGAAUUGUUCUCCUUAUUUUUGUUUCUGGAAAAGUUGUAUUAACAGGUGCUAAAGUCAGAGCAGAAAUUUAUGAAGCAUUUGAAAACAUCUACCCCAUUCUAAAGGGAUUCAGGAAGACAACAUAAUGGCUGUCAUGGCCCCUGCCUCCCCCACCCGCUUGUUGUUUUAAACAGAUACGUUCUGGUACCUUAAUGUGGUAACGUCGUGAGAAGGUGGACAUGCGGUUGCAGGUGGCAGCACCAGGUGAUGUCCUUCCGUACGGCCCUGCCGCAGGAUGCCAAGAGGGUGUCUCUUGUGCACUGAGAACACCGCGCAGGCCACCGAGCGCACCGGCUGCUGUGCUGCUGUGCGGGCGGUGCUGCCGUUUAUUUAUAUUAGAUUCUAGACACUGCUGUUGACAAGUUGGUUUAAGGGACAAAACUGCAAGUGUUAAAGCCACCUCUACAAUUUAUUGGACUUAAUUUUUUCCCCCAUAAACCACAGUUUUUAUAUUUCUAUCAGAAAAGUAAAAAUCUUUUUUAAAAGUGUUGUUUUUCUAAUUUCUAACUCCUAGGGGUUAUUUCUGUGCCAGACACAUUCCUCCUUCCAGUAUUGCAGGACAGAGUAGAUGUAUUAAUGACAACAAAUGGCUGUACAUAUUUUUCUUUCUUCAGAGUACUCUGUACAAUAAAUGCAGUUUAUAAAAGUGCUAGAUUGUUAUAAAUGAGACCUUGUAAGAGUCAUGUGAUCAUACUGUUUAAAAAAAGUUGUAUUUUAGAUACAAUGCCUGAAACCAUUUUGGUGUGUGUUUGCUUGUUGUUUGCUUCAGUCACCGUUUAUAAAAAUGGAAGAACUAUCUGAGAUCUCACAGUUGCUCCAGAAACAUGUAUUCAUUGCCUUCCCUUUGGAACACCUGUUUCCCAGGUACUUUGCAUGUAGCGCUGGAAUCCUCACGGAGCUGCAGGCGCUAUUCCUCCGUGAAGGGACUUGCCUGAGGUUACUGGCCAGUAAGGGACCGAAAUGGGUGCUGUCCAGGCGGCCAGCACUCUGGUGUAGCGUUUUUGGUGCAAGUUUUUUUUUUUUGUUUGCUGUUUUCCUCAUGGCAUGUCAGGUGGACAUUUGUAGGUUCUUAGGCUUCAUUGUUAGGGUUUUGUUGUUACUGUCAUAAAAGUAAAUUUUCAGUACGUUACAGGUAUAUAAUCAGAAAGGGGAGGUCUUUCCUUCCUCUCCCUUCCACCUGUUAACCCAAGGUAACCACCAGAUUAGUGCAUAUCUUCCAAGCCCUGUUCAGUGCAAAUUCUAUCCUCUGGGCUUGCUUUUGAUCCCAUUUUUUGGAAAAAUUACUAAAGAAUAUAUUGUUUUACAGCUUUCCCUUUUUUUAUUCAGUAUAUCAUAAAUGUAUUAGUAUUUCCAUGAUUGGGAAUUAAGGUUUUCUUAUAUACCUUCAUUUAUUGAACCAUUCUCUUAAUUAUGUUCAUAUAUGUUAUCUUCAGUUUUUCACUAUUAUGAACAGUACUGCAGGGAACAGCCUUGUAUGUGUACUUUUGUGGAUAAGUACUGAUAUUUCUGUAGUAAACUUUUCUAGAAGAUGAAUUGCUGUAUUAAAGACAAUUUAUACAUUCUAAGUUUUGAUAGGUUGGUAACCACACUGCAGUCCAAAGAGAAGGGUAUACAGAGUGCUCUGUUCUUGCAUUUCCCAGUCAGUAGUGAUGCCAGCAAUGUGUGAAUUUGGAAAGACAUUCCAGUGUUAUCUCUACCCCAGAAAGAAGUGUCUUUUCAUUUAUGUAGGUCCAUGUGUGUAUAUUAUCAGUAAAGUUUUAUAUUUUUUUCAUACAAUGCUUUUACAUUUUGUAAAAGUUAAUUCCUACGUAUAUUAUGGUUUCUGUUUUAUUAAUGGAACUUUUUCAUGAAUUUUCACUUUAAAAUUUAUUGUUGUUUGUCUUAUUACCAGUUUACUGAACUCAUUACUGUUGAUUUAGUUGAUUGUAUUGAAAGUUCUGGCAUGUAAUCAUCUGUAAAUAGUAAUUUUUUUUCAUUUCCA